AUGCAAAUCGUCGCCUCUCUCGCCGCCGUCCUGGGCAUGGCCGCCUUUGCCCAGGCGCACAUGGAGAUGACCAACCCGCCGCCCCUGCGCUCCAGCAAGAACAAGUUCUCGACCAACGUCGACUACGAGAUGAAGUCGCCCCUCAGCCCCGACGGCAGCAACUUCCCCUGCCGCGGCUCCAUCGGCCUCGUCGGCACCGACCAGGGCAAGGCCGUCGCCGACUGGGCCGCCGGCUCCCAGCAGAGCCUGACCGUCGACGGCAGCGCCUUCCACGGCGGCGGCAGCUGCCAGGCCUCGCUCUCCUACGACAAGGGCAAGACCUGGACCGUCAUCCACUCCUACCUCGGCGACUGCCCGUCCGGCGCCGGCCCGACCUCGUACGACUUCACCGUCCCCGCCGACGCCGCCGCCGGCGAGGCCGUCUUCGCCUGGACCUGGUUCAACAAGAUUGGCAACCGCGAGAUGUACAUGAACUGCGCCGUCGUCAACAUCCAGGCCGGCAAGUCCAAGAAGCGCCGCGGCGUCGCCAUGAGCUCCCGCCCCAACAUGUUUGUCGCCAACGUCGGCAACGGCUGCGGCACCUCCGAGGGCAAGGACCUCCAGUUCCCCGACCCCGGCGCCGACGUCACCACCAAGGGCAGCAACUUUGGCCCCCCUACCGGCAAGUGUGCCACCGGUGGCGGCAGCAACCCUGCUCCCCAGCAGCCCUCGUCUUCUUCUUCUUCUUCUUCUGCCGCCGCCAGCGUUCCCGCUGCCAGCAGCUCCUCCGUCGCCGCCUCCUCUGCUCCUUCGCCCACCGGCACCCAGAAGCCUACUCCUUCCAUCCCCGGCGGCGUCUUUGCCACCGUCAGCGAGACGUCUUCCGGUGCUGUUGCUCCCUCGGCCUCUGCCAGCACGCCCGCCGCUCAGCCCACCACCAUCCAGACCUCGAUCCGCCCUUCGUCUGGCGCUCCCGUGGCCACCAACUCGACUCCCGCCGCCACCGGCUCUGCUCCCGCCGCCACCAACUCCGUCCCUGCCGCCACCGGCUCGACCUCCGCUGCCACUCCUGCUCCCACCGGCGGCAGCGGCUCUACCGGCUACGAGGCCGGUGCGGCCUGCGACGAGCUCGGCUCGUGGAACUGCAUCGACGGCAAGCAGUUCCAGCGCUGCGCCUCCGGCAACAUGUGGUCCACCCCCAUGGGCCUCGCCGCCGGCACCGCUUGCCAGCCCGGCGUCGCCAAGGACAUUGUCUUUGUCUAA